UCUCGCAUAGAGGCGAAUCCCUCGCCACAUAGACGAUCCUCCCGUCGUCACUCUCACUUUUGUGACGACUUUCGACUGCUUCAACUAGACGACUUGUAUCACCAACAACUCACUGUCAAAAAUGGCUCCCGCUGCUACCGGAGUUUCCGCUGCUGGCGUUCCUGCAAGUGUGCCCGCAAAUGCCAAGGGCCUCAAGAACUCGGACGCCGCCGCUGCUGCCAACACCGAGAACACCGUCUCGGAGAAGGAGGUCAAGCUUGAGGCUGCCCGCCUCCUCUCGUCGGCUGACAAGGAUGCCGUCCAGGAGCUGGUGAACCUCGUCAAGAUCGAGGGCACUCAGAGCCUUUUCGACCUCGGCAUCGAGGACAUCAUCUCCAAGGGCCUCGGCGACAAGAAGAACGCCGCCGCCCGCGAGGGUGCCUGCGCCCUCAUCUCGUCGCUCUGCGAGCAGGGCGUCGGCCACGAGGUUGAGCCUUUCAUCUUUGAGACUGUGCUCAACGCCCUCGUCGAGACGAUGGGUGACAAGGAGAAGAACGUUCGCCAGGCUGCGCAGGACGCCCUGCGCAACUUUGUCCAGGUCAUGAGCAACUGGGCAGUCCCCCAGGUUCUCAAGGUGCUCCUCCACCAGGCCAAGACUGCCGGCAAGUGGCAGGUCAAGACCGGCUGCGUCGCCACUCUCGAAGAGCUCGUCGUUGCUGCGCCGGACCGCAUGGCCGCCGCCAUGCCUGACAUCAUUCCCGUCAUGGCUGAGGUCAUCUGGGACACAAAGACCGAUGUCCAGAAGGCUUCGCGCGCUGCGCUCAAGAAGCUGUGCAACCUCAUCAGCAACAAGGACAUUGAGCGCUUCAUCCCUGCUCUCAUCAACUCGCUCAUUCACCCCGUCGAGGAGGUGCAAAAGACCGUCAACUUGCUCGGUGCCACCACCUUCGUGUCCGAGGUCGACUCGCCUACAUUGGCUCUCAUGUCGCCCCUGCUCCAGCGAGGUAUCUCGGAGAGGCCCACGCCCAUCAAGCGCAAGGUUGCCGUUAUCAUCGACAACAUGUCGAAGCUCGUCGACAACGAGCGGACGGUCCGGCCGUUCAUUCCCAAGCUCCUCCCCGGUCUCAUCAAGAUGGAGAGCACCAUGGCCGACCCAGAGGCUCGUGGCGUCAUCCAGAAGGCGAUCAAGACCCUCAGGGAAGUCGGUCAGGUCGAGGGUGACGGCUCCGUCGUCAAGCCCCUCGAGGACGUCGACUUCAAGCAGACGCUUGCCAAGGUCACCGAGGCUCUCCAGAAGGAGGGCCUUUCGGGCCCAUCGACCCACGUUGCCUACAUCGCUCAGCUCGUUACCAACCUCUCCAAUGCGCGCGACUUUGAGGGCACCGAGUGGGACUCGACCCUUGUUCCCUAUGUUUCGCUCCUCAAGGGUGCUGAGCAGGCCAAGGUCAAGAGCGUCAUCUCGCAGCUCCUCCUGGCUCUUGCCAAGAGCACUGGUGAGGAGGCCGAGGUGUUUGAGGACGAGGAGGAAGGCGAGGACCUGUGCAACUGCCAGUUCUCGCUUGCCUACGGUGCCAAGAUUCUCCUCAACACGGCCACCCUGCGCCUCAAGCGCGGCCACCGAUACGGUCUCUGCGGCCGAAACGGUUCGGGCAAGUCUACGCUGAUGCGUGCCAUCCAAAACGGCCAGGUCGAGGGCUUCCCCUCGCCCGACGAGGUCCGAACUUGGUACGUCGAGCACGACCUCGACGGUUCCGAGGGAGACAUCUCUAUCCUUGAUUUCAUCAUUGCCGACAAGCGCCUCAACGUCACCAAGGAAGAGGCUGCUAGCACCCUCCUCGAGAUGGGCUUCGACGCCCACAAGCAGAGCUCGCCGAUUGCUGCGCUCUCGGGUGGCUGGAAGAUGAAGCUGGCCCUGGCCCGUGCCGUCCUGUUCAAGGCCGACAUUCUCCUCCUCGACGAGCCGACGAACCACCUUGACGUUGUCAACAUCAAGUGGAUCACCGACUACCUCACUGGCCUCACCACGGCCACGUCGAUCAUCGUCUCGCACGACUCCAAGUUCCUCAACGACACCUGCACUGACAUCCUCCACCUCAACCGCUUCAAGAUCAAGAGGUAUCCGGGUAACCUCGACGCCUUUGUCAAGCGCGUCCCCGAGGCAAAGAGCUACUCUGAGCUCAACUCGGGCGAGGACUACUCCUUCAAGCUCCCCGACCCCCCGCUCCUGGAUGGUGUCAAGACCAAGGAAAAGUCGCUGGCCAAGAUGCGAAACGUCAUGUUCCAAUACCCCAACACGCCCGAGCCUCAGCUCAAGGGCAUCACCAUGCAGCUCUCGCUCUCGUCCCGUGUCGCUGUCCUCGGCCCCAACGGCUCGGGCAAGUCGACGCUCGUCAAGCUCCUUGUCGGUGACACCGAGCCCAACUCGGGUGAGGUGUGGAAGCACCCCAACCUGGUCAUUGGCUACGUUGCCCAGCACGCGUUCCACCACAUUGACCAGCACCUCGACAAGACGCCGCUCGAGUACAUGCUGUGGCGGUACCAGACCGGCGAGGACCUCGAGGAGAUGAUGAAGGGCUCGCGCCAGCUCACCAAGGAGGACGAGGAGAAGAUGAAGAACGGAGAGGUGGUCAUUGUCGAGGGUGUCAAGCGCCUCAUCGACGAGAUUGUCGGGCGAAAGAAGCUCAAGAACUCGUUCCAGUACGAGGUCAGCUUUAAGAAUUACUCUUCUGCCGACAACCAGUGGCUGUCGCGUGACGACCUCAUCAGCCGUGGUUUCGAGAAGAAGGUCAUGCAGGUCGACUCGCGCGUUGCCCAGGAGCUCGGCAUGAACCGGCCCCUGGUCAAGAAGGAGAUUGAGCAGCACUUUGCCCAGCUCGGUCUCGACCCCGAGUUCACUUCGCACUCGCACAUGGCCGGUCUUUCGGGUGGUCAGAAGGUCAAGGUCGUGCUGGCUGCUGCCACAUGGCGAAGGCCGCACAUCAUCAUCCUCGACGAGCCCACCAACUUCCUGGACCGAGAGUCGCUUGCCGCUCUCAUUGCCUCGCUCAAGGACUUCCAGGGCGGUGUCUGCUUCAUCACGCACUCGCUCGAGUUCUCGGAGAGCGCCGCGCAGGAGCGCUGGAAGAUGAGCAACGGUCAUCUCGAGGCCUCGGGUGCCAACUGGACCGAGGACAGCAUUGGCAAGGAGGGCAAGACCAAGAUCGACACCAAGGCUGACGACGAGGAGGACCAGUUCGACGCGAUGGGCAACAAGAUUGCCAAGACUGAGAAGAAGAAGAAGCUCACUUCUGCAGAGGCCAGGAAGGCGAAGAAGGACCGUAUCGCACGGCGGAAGCGCGGUGAGGAGGUGUUCACCGAUGAGGAGCUCUAAGGGAGCGAACAUGCUGUUCUCGUCACGAUCCUGGGAGACGAUGUCAGAUAGAGAUGGCUUUUUUCUUUCUUUGGCACUAGUUUCAGUUUCCUUUUUU